AUGUAUCGGCAAAUACUUCUACACCCGGAUGAUCAAGACUUCCAACGGAUUCUAUGGUACAAUCCUAACAACGAACAGAUCAGCUAUAAACUCACGACUGUAACUUACGGCCUCAGUUGUGCCCCCUAUCUGGCUAUUCGGGUCAUGCUUCAACUUGUCGAAGACGAAGGCCAAGAGUUUCCUCUAGCCGUUCCGUCGCUAACCAAGGGACGAUAUGUCGACGACAUCUUCGGCGGAGCUGAUUCUGUAUCAGAGCUUCGGGACAUUGCUCUUCAACUAGAACAAAUUUGUGCUCGCGGAUGCCUUCCACUUCAAAAAUGGACCUCGAAUUCACUAGCGGUUCUUCAACAUCUUGACUCUUCAGCCUUACAACCUGAAGCAGUCUCGAUUAAUUCGGAGGAUUCGACGACAAAGCUUUUGGGGCUAGUCUGGGAUCCAAUCAAGGAUGUGUUCCGGUUCAAUCUUCAGGCAAACUUCUCCUCAGCAAUCACUAAACGGAUCGCACUCUCGGAAACUGCUUCAUUAUUCGAUCCCCUUGGGUUUAUUUCUCCAGUGAUUAUUACUGCCAAGAUCUUCAUGCAGGAGCUCUGGCUCGCAAAACUGCAGUGGGACGAUCUUCUUCCGGAACGACUUCAAUUUCGGUGGUGGCAAUUUCGCGAAAGUCUAAGCGAUUUGCCCCUCAUUUUGAUUCCUCGGUGGCUACAUUCUUCUCCAACGGACUCGGUCGAGCUUCAUGGGUUUUCUGACGCUUCGCAGCUCGCCAUGGCUGCUGUGGUCUAUCUUCGAUCAUCUUUUCCGGACGGCUCGACGUCAGUCAGGCUCAUCUCUUCGAAGACAAGAGUAGCUCCUCUAAAACGGCUGAGUAUUCCUCGCCUCGAGCUUUCGGCUGCUCUUCUUCUGUCUCGGCUUAUUUCAUACGUCCAGAAAAUGCUCCCCCUAAACGGCGCGCCUGUCUAUCUCUGGACGGAUUCAUCGGUUACUCUCACCUGGGUCUCUUCGCAACCAGCUCGCUGGAAAGACUUCGUCCGGAAUCGAGUUUCACUCAUUCAAGACCUGACUUCAACGGCGAAAUGGCGCUUCAUUUCGGGAAAGGAGAACCCAGCGGACUGUGCUUCGCGAGGACUGACUCCUCUUCAGUUGUCCAAGCAUUCUCUCUGGUGGUCCGGUCCCACUUGGCUAAUGAACACUUCGGAAAACUGGCCGGCACAGCCACUAAAUUUUCCCACGGACGCUCCACUUGAGCAUCGGCCCGGCUUCAGCUUCACUUCAAAUCUCGAGCCAAUAGGCGAGAUUUGGGAUCUUGUUCAUCGGUAUUCUUCAUUGACACGACUUCUUCGAAUCACGGCAAUGUGUCAACGGGCGCUUCAUCGAUUCAAGCGCUCCUCACCGGUUCGGACGGACAUACAGCUUACUCCAGACGAUCUUGAACAAGCAAGACUCUUCUGGGUACUACAUAUACAAUCGGCUCAUUUCGCUGCGGAACUUCGGUCAAUCUCAAACGGAAAUUUUUUGACACAGGGUCAUUUCCUGUCGGCCUUGACUCCCUUCAUCGAUUCGCAUGGAACCCUUCGCGUCGGGGGACGCCUGCAGCAUUCCAGUCUAAACUUGGAAGCAAAACAUCCGGCUAUCCUCCCACGUCAUUCGACAUUCACGACGCUCGUCAUCGCUGACGCGCACCUCAAGACUCUUCACGGCGGAACUCAAUCGACCUUGACUCUCCUUCGUUCCAAUUACUGGAUCGUCGGAGGUCGAGCACCAAUAAGAUCAUUCAUUCUUCGCUGCGCUAAAUGCGUUCGGUUUCGAGGACUUCGAGCUCAACAGCUCAUGGGGCAACUUCCGAUCAGUCGUGCUACUCCUUCUCGGGCAUUCCUUCACACCGGACUUGAUUACGCCGGACCCUUCACAGUAAAAACAUGGCGAGGCCGGAAUACGAAAACAUACAAAGGAUAUCUGGCCGUCUUCGUUUGUUUUUCAACGUCAGCUGUUCACUUGGAACUGGUGACAGACUACACUUCGGAUGCCUUCAUCGCUGCCUUUCGGCGGUUCACGAGUCGUCGAGGCAUUUGUCAUACGCUCUAUAGCGAUUGCGGGACGAACUUCAUCGGAGCUGAUGCCCAACUUCAAGGACUCUUCAAAGAAAGUGCGGCAGAAAUGCCACACAUAAUUUCUUCGCUGACUAACAUCGGAACUCGGUGGUCCUUCAAUCCCCCCUCGGCUCCUCACAUGGGAGGAAAGUGGGAGGCCGCCGUCAAAUCGGCAAAACAUCACCUUCAACGGGUUAUCGGGGACUCAGCACUUACGUAUGAAGAAUUUACAACCCUUCUUACGCAAGUCGAGUCAGUGCUAAAUUCACGUCCGCUGGGCGCCAUGUCAGACGAUCCGGAUGACUUCUCUGCCCUGACUCCUGGCCACUUCCUCAUCGGCGAGGCCCUAAAUUCAGUUCCGGAACCUUCGCUCACUUCAACUCCGGAGCUAAAACUUCCGUGCUGGGCCCAAAUUCAACGGAGAUUCCAGCAAAUUUGGCAACGCUGGUCAUCGGACUAUCUUCAACACGGUUUAGCCACUUCCAAGUGGCGACAUCCUCGGAACGAGAUCCAGGUUGGCUCCCUGGUCCUCAUCACGGACGAACGACUUCCGCCUUCAAAGUGGCCGCUCGCCAGAGUGGUCUCACUUCAUCCAGGGGAAGACGAACUCACCCGAGUCGUCACACUUCGCACGGCGUCAUCCACCUUCAAGCGGCCAAUUUCAAAGCUCUGCAUUCUUCCGGUUAUUUCUUCGACAACAUCGGUUGCCGAAGGCGGGGAAAAAAUGGAAUCACCGAGGACAAUAUCGGUUGCCCUCUUACGCGAAUGGGUGGAGGGUUGUCCAGAUCUAGACGCUUUGUUGGACGCUGUGCGUAUCACCAUCCACGUGGCGGAGAUGGCUGGCUCCCGUAUAUCGAGCAACGUCAUAAUCUUCAACGAUGUGGUUGGAAGAUUAAUGAAAAACGAAGAAGGAUAUUAUUUUGAAAAAUUAGAUCUGUGA